AUGUCCCUCAUCAACGAAGUUCACGACUCUCUACCAUACAUCGACGCCGAGCCCUCGGCCGUCGCGCGCCAAAAAGCUCAGCAGCUCAUCAACGCCGAGCUCGCCCCAGAACACUCUUCAACUCUACACCCAUCCAUCCCCGCCAGCCCAGAAUCAAAAUUCUCUCCUCUAAUUCAACAAGAACUCGAACGCAAAGCCACGGGGGCUCCCCUCACCGGCGGCAUCGACCUAACCCGCUACGAAGCCCCAGAACCACCAACCCGCACCUCCGACACGGAUGUCCCUAACCUGCCCGAGUGGCGCGAGACCCUGCAAAAGGCCUACACUUCCAGCUCGCACUUGAUCAAGCGACACGAGAAUCUCACGCUGCUGGAGCAACACGGCAAGAACGCGUGGCUGAUUGGAAACUCGCAGAUGGAGGAGAUUCUGCGUGGUAUGGAGAAGGAAUUGGCAGACACUAAGAGCGCCUCGGAGGAGGUCAAUAAGCAGCGUAAGAUUGCGCAGGAUGCAAGCUUUGGCGAGUUGACUAGCCUUGAGGAGACGUGGAAGCGUGGUGUUGGCGCGGUGUUGGAUGUGGAGUUGGCCUCGGAGGGCUUGCGGAUGCAGAUUCUGGAGCAAAGGCGGUUGGCGGCGCAGCAGCAGGCACGGUAA